UGAUGACUGAUUGCGGAAAGGUAAACAUAAUCGAUUGGAAUUGAAGCAAACUCAGGUCGCAGUGAAAACGCUGGCUCUGUCCAAAUGGAUUUCGACAGUCCGGACGUGGAAAAGGACUUUCCUGGACUGUAUGCCUCCGAAACAGGUGGCAGGAGCAAGAAGGAUGACAAAGACUUUGUCGAACCGGAAACAGAAAAAAUAAGCAAAAAAGAUUUAUUGAUUGGAAGGAGGAAGGAUAGAAAGGAAAAGAAGACGGCUUAUGCAGCUCUCGAGGGAGAAAGCUCACCAGAGGAAGAACUGGAAACAAAAAGUCCUUCGAAGUCUAAAAAGACUAAAGCAUUCAAAUUUCCUUCAAAGAACAAGGAGAAAAGGGAGAAAUCUCGCGAGAAAGAGAAACUCGACACUUCUAAAGCGGAAGAAGUGAAGCCGGUAGAAAAACCGGAAAAGGAGAAGGACAAAGAAAAGAAGAAAGAUAAAGACAAAAAAGAUAAGGAUAAGAAAGAAAAAACAAAGGAAAGGAAGGAUAAAAAGUUAAAGCAAAGUAGCGUGAGUGAGGAAGUGUUGGAGCUGGGCGAUGUUCAGCCGAUAUUUGGCGUUUCUCUUGGACUUGCUGUGGAGCGUAGCAGAUGUCAUGACAGUGUAAAUCUUCCGCUGGUAGUUCGUGAUUGCAUUGAUUAUCUGCAAGAGAAUGGGAUGCAAAGCGAUCAAAUUUACAAAGUAGACGCCGUUAAAGCGAAACUUCAAACCCUCAAGCGGGCGUAUAAUAAUCGCGAGGGAAGUUGUGUCAAUGAAUUUGAUAUUCCGACGGCGUGCGGAUUAUUAAAGUUGUUUCUCCGAGAACUGCCAGAACCAAUACUGACAACAGAUUUAUCGACGCGAUUUGAGGAAGCUGCCUCACACUCACAGGUGUCCCAACAGGAACAGGAACUAGUCAAUCUAGUCGAACAAUUGCCCAGUUGUAACAGAACGCUGUUGUCAUGGGUAAUUCUCCAUUUGGACGCAGUCACACAGAAUGAAUCCUACACGAAAAUGAAUGCCCAGAAUAUAGCGAUGUUCCUAAGUCCCACACUUCAAAUGUCGCACCGUCUUUUCGUCGCCAUCCUUUGUCAUUGUAACAACUUAUUCGCUGACACGGAGCUACUAAAAUAUGUUCCACCAAUUACAGCCUCGAGUCCAAACCUUCCGGAAACACCGGAUGAAAUUACUGUUGAACUGAAGAAACAAGAAAGCUUGUUGGCACAAAUUCACGCUGAAAUGAAUGCGGGUUUUAUUACAAAGAAACGAGAGGAGCAAUUGUGGGAAAUUCAACGAAUUAUCACUCAGCUGAAGCGAAAGUUGAGAACAUUCGAGAAAAAAUCUGAUUGUACCCAGAAAAGUUUGGACGACACAAUCGAUGGAGAUAAUUCCAUGGAAUUGAACAAGGCUAAGCUUUCGUGUUCGGAUGACGAAUCCUCGAUUAAAACUGUCACCGGAAUUUCAACCGAGUCGGCUACGAACACAGAAACGAAAAAUACGCCUCAGGAAACAGAGGAAUCAGCUUUGCUCGAACGGAAAGUGGACGAGAUUGAUUCGCCCGACAACGCGAAGCUAGACAAGCUAACUUCCGCGGUUGGGAGUGGUGAACCACCGGCAAUAAGUGAUACAGUCACAGUUACAGAUAAUGGGUUCAUGUUGCUACCGGAGAAUCAUCCAAAUUAUUUGACACUGAUUCGUUUACAACUCGAGAACCAAGAGCUGUUGAACUGGAAGUCUCAAUUGCAGGCACGCAUCAACGCCGAAAGGACAGAAAUUGUUCGUAUGAAGCGGCUAUUGAAUCCGGACAGUAGUGCCAUUCACGGCCCGAGCAGCUUGGAUUGCUCCAUCAGCGAUAAUGAUGACUAUGAGAGGUUAGUCGCACAUUACGCGAAAGAGAAUGCACUUCUUGAGCAAAAGCGACAGAUUUUGGCGAAGGAAAUCUUCGAAGAGAACAAAGCGUUGAUCCAAAUGCAGGUGGAACUUGCGUUGAACCGUUAUCGAGUUUGAGUUGCAAAACAUUUGACAUGUUUGCACACGUUGAUAGACACAGUCUCUCCCAAUUGUUUGUUUAAUUGAUUAUGCAUAUUAUAUGGAAUAAACUUAACUUAUUAUUGGACAAAAUUGUAA